CUGACACUGACAGGCAGCUGUCAGGAAAGAAGAAUCUAAACCUAAACCAGCUCUGUUUUUAUUGCUUUACUCCUCCUCCUCUUUCACUCUCUCUCUUUAUUAAGACACAUCUCGAUGGCAGACAAAGAGUGUACUCAGGCAGCAGUCCAACAAAUAUUUGAUUCUUCUGCUAACCAUUACAUGCUAAUAGGGAUUGGAUUGAGUGUAAAGGUGUCUGAUCUGAUGCCAAUGCCAGGACAAGCAAGUACCUAUCUUAAUAUUGUAUUCCAGAGGUGGUUUGAAGCUAAUAAAAAUCGCACUUGGGAUGAAUUAAUAAAGCUCUGUGAUGACUAUCCUGAUAAAUUGGGCAGAACAAAGGCUAAUCUUCUGGAACAUAUAGGAUUGGCCGACAGCUUUGGGACUGGGACAAAACAAGCAAGUAAAAAGAUUGAUCCCAAAAAACCACUUGAUAGUGCAGUAGCUGGUGAGGACAAGACAAAAAGUGAUGAUCAAAAGUCUGAUCCACCUCCUGAUGUCAGUGAAUAUUGCCCAAAACUGGAGGAAAUUGAGAUAAAAAUUGCAAAAAAGAAAUUCGAAGAUCUGACCGAAGAAGAGAAAGACUUUAUAUCAAAAGUCCGUUACAUUCUGGUGACUGCCACACCUAUAGAAUACCGUGCUGUGAUGGGUUCAAUCGAUCCUCCUGGAAGUGAUGGUAAAUAUAUUAGAGUUAUUACAACAGAUAAAUCAGCAAAUUUUAUCCUGGGGAAGUAUGAGUCAUGCAAUGUUGCAAUAACUAGGACAGGCCAGGGCCCAAAGGAUACUGAAGAUAUUCUUGUUUCAGUACAAAAUGAUGUGAAUGCCGAGUUUGUCAUUGCUAUUGGGAUAUGCUAUGGAGCAAAGGAGAGCAAAACUGAGGAACUUGAUGAUAAAACAAAUUUAGGUGACAUUAUCGUUGCCAAAAGUAUCAUUGACACUGAGCGUCAGCGUAUUGAAGGAGAAAAUACAAUCGUUUUACCUGACACAUACCACUGUGGAAAGAAUCUCUUUAAUUUGUUCAGACAUGACGAAGUCUUUACAAUUAAAACAAAAACAGUUAAAGUUCAUCAUCAAGGUUCUCUGGCCUCCGAAUUCACACUGUUUCGUAGCAAAGAAGCAAAGGAAGAGAAGUUGAAAUAUGUCCAAACUGCACUUGGAGGAGAAAUGGAAGCAAAGGGUAUUUAUAAGGCUGCUGAGAGAGUAAAAUUUGAAUGGAUCGUAAUAAAAGCUAUCGUUGACUGGGGAACAAAAGAAAAAGACAAAAUGUGGCAACCGUUUGCAGCUGUCUCAUGUGCCAGGUUUGUCCUACAGUGCUUGGAUUGAUGGAUGAGGAUGCAUGAACCAUUGAAAGAAACUAUAAUUAAUCUAAACUAGGCUGAGUUUCAUAUAAUAAUUAAUUGUUGUACCUUUUAUAGACAAAUUUUUUACUAGUUAUAGACAUUUAUGUGAUGUUAAUGCUUAUUUCUUAUGAUAAACAGCAACAGCUUUGCCACAUCUGUA